AUGGGAAUCACCACCACCGAAGUUCCCAAGUCCGUGCAAUGGAGUGGUAAGCAAGUCCCCGUCUACCCCAUGCAGACGGUCGACUUCUCGCGUCUCCUUUCGCAGGAGCCAACCGAGAUCGAGAAGCUUGUAAAAUGCUGCCAGACCGAAGGCUUCUUCUACAUCGACCUGCAAGGCAUCGAUGGCCGGAGAAUGCUGGAAGACCAGCAGGAGACUUUGAAGCUCAUGAAGCGAUUCUUCGACUCCCCAUUGGAGGUCAAGAACGAGUACGGCCUCGUCGCACCUCAUCUGGGAUACGAGCCCGUUGGAUCGCGCACUGGAGUCCUCCCUGGCACCAAGGAUGGAUACGAAAUGGUCAAGGUAUCACGGGAUGAGAUCCAGGCAGAGUCUCCUCACAUCCCCCGCAACAUCAAGAACAACGGAGACAUCAAGAUCCUUGAGAACGCCAUUGCUGGUUCUAACAUCAUCACCAAGACCAUCUUGUCUGCGCUGUCAACUGGCCUGGGCCUCACAGGCAAGGACCGAUUCGAGAACUCACACCGAAAUGAGCGCCCAUCAACAUCCACGCUGGCCAUGAUGCACUAUAUCCCAUCGAACCCUGUGACGGAGAAGAACAUUGGACACCAAAAGCACACCGACAUCAGUUCGCUCACUUUGCUCUUUAGCGAGCAAUGGGGUCUCCAAAUCAGACCUCCUGGAGCCAAGGAGUUUGGCUUCGUCGCCCCCAAGGUCGGAUCAGCGAUUGUCAACGUCGGCGACUCCCUCCGUUUCGCGAGCGGCCACACGAUGCAGUCCUGCAUCCACCGCGUCGUGCCCUUGGACCACGCCGAGCACCGCUACUCCAUCGCGUACUUCCUCCGCGCCGAGGACGAGACCAUGUUCACGGACUCCAACGGCAGAUUCGUCACGGCUGGGCAGUGGCACGACGAGAAGUUCUUCGCCUUCAUGUCGCCGCCAGAGAUUCAAGCUGAGGCUCCGAGCUACCUGCUGCUGGGUGGGAUGGAGGAGCAGGAGGACCUUUCAGCUGCUCAGGUGCUGAAGAAUGCCGCGAGAUCUGAAGCGACGACGACAAUUUCUGUCUCCUAG